GGGGCGAGUGUGGUGGAGAAAGAUGAGAGUGGUGGGCAAAGUGAUGGGAUGAAGCGGUUGAGGAAGCCGGAUUUGUUGGACGAUGAGUUUGAAGACCUAUUGAAGCACUCCGCAGAGGAGGAGUCGGUGAUCACUUCAAAAGAUUCCAUUCCAGCCAAAGGACUAUCAGGUCUAUCAACCCACCAGCAGAAUCUCCCAACAUGGGAGCUCGCGGAAUCAGGAAACAUCCUCUCGAUAUCCAACAUGACUGCUCCCGAAGCGGGUAGCAACGCCAGCACUCAGCUCUCUUCUAUCAUGGCUCGCCUCAUAUCUUUGCUCCAAAGCUACAAAUGCGAGUCUUCGAACGUUAUCUUCAGUACAUUGCUUCUCCGCUCAAUGUCAGACUUUACAACUAUCAACCCAAUAUACGGCGCUCACUUCACGAAGCCGAUUCCUCCCUCCCGCGUGACUGUAGCAUGUGGCUCGUCUCUGCCUGAAGGUAUUGAAGUCGUGCUCUCAGUAACCGUAAGCAAGAGUAAUGCAAGACGAGGGUUGCACGUACAAAGCAGAUCGUACUGGGCUCCUGCCAAUAUCGGUCCAUACUCGCAGGCCGUAACAGUUCCGAUUAACAACCUUCUAAAAGAAGCGCAAGAUCGUCCCAUCUGGGAUAGCCCACAGAUUGUCUAUGUUGCCGGACAGAUCCCUCUCGUGCCAGCAAGUAUGGAAAUCGUAAAAGCAGACACAGAACAAACCACACCAGGAGAACUCGAGGGCUUCAAGACCCAAACAGUCCUAGCUCUACAGCACCUAUGGCGAAUCGGUAGAGUCAUGAACGUAGGAUGGUGGACCGGAGGAGUCGCUUUCAUAUCGCAUUGUAGCAGUGACGAAGGAAGCAAGCGGGCGAAGCUAGCAGCCGAAGCCUGGAGAGCUAUUCAUUUAAAGCUGAAACCAAAUCUCAAUAGCGAAGACGAAGACGCAGAAGAGCAAGGAAACGACGUCGAUGUCUGGCAUACGAAACACGGAGGCUUCAGCGGCAGCGAAGGCGUCGAGACAGACCAGCGCCCAGCUUUGCCGGAUUACGACCGAGUCAAUGGCGGAGGAGAAGGAGCGAUACCGCCUUGCUUCACAGCUCAAGUGCAAGAGUUGCCUCGCGCUGCUGAUAUCGAGUGGACUAGUGUUGGGCUGGCGAAAGCGAGCGUCAGCGUCAUGAAUACUACAGGCACACCCAGUAUACACGUCACUGGAGUCCUCGACACGAGUUCCAGCUUCGUGUUCGUCGGUAUUGAGGAUGUGAAGGACUUGUUGGGCCUCGAAAAGGCGAUCAGAGAGGCUCAUGAGUGGGAGAGCGUCUCAUGGACCCUCCAGACAUAUGAUGAUACUCCUCAAGCGGCUUUUGAUGACUUGAUUGGCAGUUUCCCGGAUGGUGGUCCUGGCUCGCAGCCGCUUCAGGGAGAUAAGGGCGACCAUUUCUACGUCACGAAGAUGACGCGGGCGCUGGCAGCGGAAGUAGCUAAGAAUCCUAUCGUCAAAUACAUGGCGGAGAACGAUAGAGAAGACGGGAGCGAUGCUAGGGGUCACAUUUACUCCGAAGACGACCCUGAGAAGAUUCAAAGGCUCUCGGCAUCAGUGGAAAAUCAGUACGUGGUUUACACCUCACAGGCCCUACCAACAGAGUGGCUGGAGGAUAUAGAGAUCAAGAAGCAAAUCAUCCCGUGUCAACGCGUAUGGGACGAGAAUGGACACGAGUUGGCGGCCGUAGUAGUAGUCAGGAGGAAUACGGAAGACCUAAGGGACUAGGGCAUGGGCAUGAAUCGUAUACUUUUUACGGACUUGACUCAUGGUUCCCUCAACACGAAUACCUUAUGUCUACCAAAGCUAGGUCGGAAACGGAAAGAGAUUCAACCGACUGGCAUAUCCGCUGGCUUUACGUAGUCUCGUUAACGCCGUCUGAAAGAUAACCCAUUGAACGCCACAUGAUGCAUGAAUCUUGCAGCUGACAGGCCUAGAAGCGCUCUUUCAUCCGAGAUGCUACGGUUCGUAGGUUUCCGUAAACCUUUCCUGGAGGCGCACCGAGAAUGAGACUGACGAUUGCUUCUCGUGCGAUAUGGAUGUUCUUGAAACCACCCAAAAUGUGUAUUUUGGAGUCUGCCAGUACCACUCU